AUGAAUAAUUUUGAAGACAAUCAGCAGAAAGGUCCACCACCAUAUGAGACAACAGUCGACUCAAACACAAAUGUCGAUGGAAUACCACAAACAACAGAAAAAUAUGAGUCUUAUCCACCAUUGUCACAACCAUCUAAUAAUCCUGAACAUAUGCCACAAACAUUACCGAUUGUCAUUGGUGCAUCAGUUUUUGGACCACGUUCCUGUACAAUGACUUGCUUCAAUUGCAAUAAAGCCAUUGUUACGGAAACACAUACGCGUGCCGGUUUACUAGCAUACACGAUCUGUGGAAUACUGCUACUUUUUGGUUUUUAUUUUACAGUUGCUGGCUUGGUUGCUGCUUAA